UUCAUGAAUGUCAUUUUGGAUUAGAAUCGGAAUCCAUCAAUUUGAUUGAUAUCGAAAAUUUAGAUGCGUCACAUUUAGCUUGUAAUGUAGCUUUACAAUAUGAAAAACAAUGGAGAAAUGCUGACAGGGCUUCACGGAGGAGGGAACUCAUGGAAAAUUUCCGGGAUAUAGCAAAGGCAUAUGCUGCUCACUUUGCUCGUUUUACACCAGCUGAAAAAGAUGUUCAUGCUUCUACCAAGGCUAAUAUUGAAAAUGAAAUUGAAGAAUGGUCUGGUCCUUUCUCCACAGCCACGAAAACAAUUAGAAAUCGAGGAAUGAAAAGUAGGCAAAUGAGCUGCAACUCUUCAGAAAAUUUACCUGCAUCCAUUAAUUGGGCUCCUAGGAGUAAUCAAGAGCAAAUACGUGCUAGAGUCUCGGCUCCCUCGCUGCAAGAACUAUGCCUUGAUUUACUUGCCAAGAAUGCUGAUGCAAUUGUUUCUCUUGAAAAUGUCCCAGAUGCUCUGAAGCACCAACUUUGUCAGUUGGUCUGUGAUUCUCGAAAAAUGAACAGUCGCUUUUUGGAACUUCUUCUUACUGGAUCCCCCACAGAGAUUCGACUAAGUGAUUGCUCAUGGAUGACUGAGGAACAGUUUAUAAAAGCUUUUCAAUCAUGUGACACUGCUAAUCUGGUGGUGUUGCAACUUGAUCAGUGUGGCCGCUGCACCCCACAUCACGUGGUACUUGCUACUUUAGCACGAUCACCAAACCAGUUACCUAGACUAACUAGUCUGUCCCUCAGCGGUGCAUGCCGUCUUUCAGACAAGGGGUUGCAUAGUCUAGUUUCUUCCACUCCGGCUCUUAGAUCGAUAAAUCUUAGCCAAUGCUCCCUUCUCACAUUUCACAGUGUAUUUGUUUUGGCUAAUUCAUUAAGAUCACUUCUUAAAGAGUUGUAUCUUGAUGAUUGCCCCAACAUUAAUGCUGCACUAAUUGGGCCAGAACUGCAGAGCUUUGAACAUUUAGAAGUCUUGUCAGUGGCAGGCAUCCAAACUGUUUCUGAUGAUUUUAUCAAGAAUUUUGUGACUGAACGCGGUCAUAAUUUGAAGGAACUUGUCUUGAAGGAUUGUGAAAAAUUGACCGAUUCAUCAGUUAAAAUUAUUGCUCAAUUCUGUCCUGGAUUAUGCUCACUUGAUCUCAUGAACUUGUGCAAAUUAACGGAUUCAUCCAUUGGAUAUCUUGCAAAUGGGUGCCGAGCGCUUCAUACACUGAGACUCCGCCGCAAUCAAUUCAGUGAUGAAGCCAUUGCGGCUUUUCUGGAGACCACGGGAGCGUGCUUGAAAGAACUUUCACUCAAUAACGUGGAAAAGGUUGGCCAUGACACAGCCUUGUCCCUUGGCAGCCGUGCAAGAAAUUUGCAUACUCUGGACCUAUCAUGGUGCAGAAAUUUCACAGAUGCUCAUUUGGGCUUCAUCGUCGAUAACUGCUUGUCGCUGAGACUGCUUAAAGUAUUUGGAUGUACCCAGAUAACAGAAAAUUUUCUGUUUGGCCACUCAAAUCGGGAGGUUAAGAUCAUUGGUUGCGUUAUGUCUCCUUUACUGCAACAUGUCAUAGUGGCUGAUCCUGAACGGCAGGGUGCUUUGCGUUAUUCUCCAGCCACUUGAUGAAAAAUAGGAGUGGCCUGUGACAUAACCAGAACUACAAACUUGAACUCGCACAGUAAAAACUCUUCAUUACCGUGGCUCUAACUGAAGAGUUCUCCUUGACUUAUAGGUUGUCCUUUCUGGUGCCUCCCUUGUGUAAAUGCUUCUCCAUGAUUGACUCUGUCACUCUAUUGUUCUAUUUGCAGGAGUAGAUUUUGCCUUUUAGGCUUUUACAUAAAUUUUAUUUGGUCCCAGCCCAGUCAAUUGUAUAAACUAAUUAUCUUUCUCUCUCUGGAAAGUAUCAUAAUCUGCCAGUGAUUCUUCAUAUUCA